AUGCCCAAACUGGACAAGGAAUGGCAUCAAUGUCCCAUGUGCCUAAGUUCCUUCACAUUUGACAAACUUUUACGGCACGUGAGGAGAAAGCAUGGUAAUGUCGGCAACGAUGAAGCUGAAUGGUUGGAAUAUACGGAUCGCUUAGACGAGGCUCAAAGUCAUGGUACAGUCAUAGUUUCUUGUAUAAUUCCUAAAUCUCAAUACAUUUUUACGGGAUUGGUUUCGUGA